UCCAGGACCUCAAAGAAGACUCCGUGCAUAAGAGGGUGACGCGCUCGUGCGUCGGUCACUAUGUGUCAGUGAGCCCUGUCCUAAAUGGAACAUGGGUGACCGGCGCGAGCGAGGCGCCGUGACGCGCAGGCGGAGAACCUUGACGAUCUGCGGGGAAGCCGCAGCGGCGGGUGCGGGUGCGAGCUCGAAACGCACGAGCAGGCGCGAGCAGGGUGGCGGCGGCGGCGUCUCGCGCAGCACCACCGGCAACUGCGAGCAGGUGCACGAGACGAGCAAGAACAAAGAGGAUGGCCUUAAGGACAAGAUGAGCUGCCAUCGGCUCCAGGAGUCACUGCUCAGCUCGGAGAGCGGCUACAGUAACUACAGAGGAAUCCUCAACUGGUGUGUGGUCAUGCUGGUUUUGUCCAAUGCACGCCUCUUCCUGGAGAACCUCAUAAAAUAUGGGAUACUGGUGGACCCCAUCCAGGUGGUCUCUCUCUUCUUAAAGAACCCAUACAGCUGGCCUGCUGCAUGCCUUAUCAUUGUUUCGAACGUGUUCAUCAUGGCAGCUCUGUACACGGAAAGACAGCUGGCGAUGGGCAGAAUCUCAGAGAGCACUGGGACUUUCCUUUACUGCAUCAAUCUUAUUGCUGUUUUGUGCUUUCCUUCAGUCACCGUCCUCACACUGACCUCCAUCACCCCAGUGGGAGGAAUCAUUGCACUAUUAGUAUACACAGUCCUCUUGCUGAAGCUCUACUCCUACAGGGAUGUGAAUAAAUGGUGCCGUGAAAUCAGACACAUCCAAGCCAGAAAACUCUCUCGCUCCAACUCCUGUCCAUCUGUGCAGAGAGCCAAUGGGAAUGCAACACACAGUCAUGUGACCUACCCGGGCAAUCUUACCCACAGAGAUAUGUAUUAUUUCAUUUUUGCCCCGACGCUGUGCUACGAGCUAAACUUCCCCCGAUCCCCACGAAUACGGAAGCGCUUCCUGCUCAGGAGACUUUUUGAAAUGUUCUUUUUGAUGCAGUUACAAGUCGGGUUGAUACAGCAGUGGAUGGUGCCAACUAUCCAGAACUCCAUGAAGCCUUUUCAGGACAUGGACUUGUCCCGGAUGGUGGAGCGCCUCCUGAAGCUUGCUGUCCCUAAUCAUUUAAUAUGGCUCAUCUUUUUUUACUGGUUAUUCCACUCCUCCAUGAACUUUGUCGCUGAACUGAUGCAGUUUGGAGACCGAGAGUUUUACCGAGACUGGUGGAACUCAGAAACUGUGCCAUAUUUCUGGUCAAACUGGAACAUCCCUGUCCAUAAAUGGUGCCUGCGGCACUUCUAUAAGCCCAUGCUGAGACGAGGGGUGAACAAGCUGACCGCUCAGAUCGCCGUGUUUUUUCUCUCUGCUUUCUUUCACGAGUACCUGGUGAGCGUGCCGCUGAAGAUGUUCCGGCUCUGGGCGUUUAUGGGAAUGAUGGCUCAGGUUCCACUUGCCUUGUUCGUGGGCCGCUUCCUGAGAGGUAACUAUGGCAACGCCAUGGUGUGGAUCUCUCUGAUCAUCGGGCAGCCCAUCGCUGUGCUCAUCGCAACCACAAUGCAUGAUGGGAUACAGUAUAUUGCUUGGUUAGUGACCAUCAGUUGUACACUACUUUUCACGGUGAAUUGUGGGAUACUUUGAGUGCACAAUAUAGGGUGUAAUAAUUCUCACUAUACAUUCGGACAGCACUACAAAAUAAUGAACUCACUAUAUAGUCCACUAUACAGUGAGUGAGUGAUUUCGGACAUAGGGUGACAGACAGACAGACAGAGAGACAAACACAGACAUACAGAGAGAGAGAAAAUAGAGAGACCGAAACACACAGACAGAGAGAGAGAAAAGAGAGAGACCGAAACACACAGACAGAGAGAAAAGAGAGAGAGAGAGAAAAGAGAGAGACAGAGAGAGACACAGACAUACAGAGAGAGAAAAUAGAGACAGAGAAACACAGACAUACAGAGGGAGAGAGAAAAGAGAGAGACAGAGACAAACAGAGACAAACACAGAAAAUAGAGAGAUAGAGAAACACACAGACAUACAGAGAGAGAAAAGAGAGACAGAGAAACACACAGACAUACAGAGGGAGAGAGAAAAGAGAGAGACAGAGACAAACACAAAGAGACAAACAGAAAAUAGAGAGACAGAGAAACACACAGACAUACAGAGAGAGAGAGAAAAGAGAGAGACAGAGACAAACACAAAGAGAGAGACAAACAGAAAAUAGAGAAACACACAGACAUACAGAGAGAGAGAGAGAAAAGAGAGAGACAGAGACAAACACAGACAUACAGAGAGAGAGACAGACACACAGACACAGAGACAAACACAGAGAGAAAAUAGAGAGACAGAGAAACACAGACAUACAGAGAGAGACAGAGACAAACACAGACAUAGAGAGAGAGACAGACACACAGAGAGAGCACGAGAAAGACAGCCAGACAGAGGGAGAGAGAGACAUACAGACACAGAUAUACAGAGACAACCAGACAGAGUGAGCAAGAGAGAGACAGACAGACAGUGAGCAAGAGAGACACAAACAGACAGCACACGUAAGAGAGACACAGACAGAGACAGACACACAGAGAGCCUGAGAGAGAGACAGCCCAGCCAAAGCAUCAGCAUUAAAUUGUCCUGAUGAUCACAGUGAGCUCACCCCACUGGUCCCUGGCCAUUUUUCCCUCCUCUUGUGUUUCGGUGAUGUUUCAUGAACUUUAUCUGCACUUUGUAAGGGUGUGUAAUUCAGUUCCGAUUGUUAUAGUUUUGCUUCCUUUACAUUCUAACACUAUCAGUAACGCAUGUGUUUCCUGAAGCUUGGCUGACUUUCAUCAUCAGUUAUUAUUGAUCAAAUCAUUAAUUACAAACGUGUUCUAUUUGAAAACUUGAUGUAAAAAUGGUUUAUCUUUAGAAACAGUGUUUAAGCUAACUGAUUCAUGUUCAAGGGUUGUACAUUUUAAUUUCAAUUCAAAUGCAAUUAAUUUGCUGUUGUACUUUCAAGAUCCUGGAGCAGUACUGAGUUACUGUCACAUUCUUUUCACCCAAAGAUAUCGAGGACAUGAAUUACUUUGUAAGACAAUUUGAUAGACUUUAAUUCAAUGGCUGAAACGUUAUAUAAAAAUCAGAGUAUUUCUAUUACAGACUUUUCCACUGAAAUACAUUUUUGAUACAGAUUUGGUUUUAUAAGAAGUUUAUUUUAAUGAGAGAAGAAAAAAAAAAGUUCUAUAAAUACCACUUUCAGGCCACAACCUUUAAUAAACUCGUGUACAGAUAUGGAAAUGAAUGUGGAAGUCAUUAAAGACACAAUGCUGCGUUCCUGCUGGUGCACAGAGACUCCACUGUGGCAGCUGAU